AUGGAGGCCUUCGCUCUGGAAAUAGAGGCCACCCUUGCACAGAGGCGGCAGGAGAUGGGCCAGGAGUGGGACGGCAUUGAUGAGGAAUGGCAGACGCUCCGGAAACGUAUGACCAAGCGUCCUUCGACGUGGGCUAUGGGAAAUAUGUUCGAGGCUGAGUCGGAAAACCGUGUUGCCCGCGAUUCAGAUGGCCGCAUCGUGCUUGAUGAGUCGCCGACUUGGGUCAAGCACCUCGUCCAAGGCCUUCUUUUCCGUUCCUCCUUGGCUAAGGAUACCGCAUCUCGCGAUGGUGAGGUCGCCGGCGACGACAUACUUAACCUUCUUCAUUACACGGCGCGCGUCCUCGGUCUGUCGGGACAACUGGCUCCUGUCUUGAUGCCGAUAACGGGAGGGACAGCUAUCUUGGAACCUCACGAAGCCAGCAAGCUGACUGCUGGUGUUCAAGGUGGGACAAACAGCAUGAUUGGGUGGUUCUCGGGCAUCUCGUGGGCUGCUGACAAUUGCUAUAGCUCUUGCCCGGAAGCGUUCGUGUUCUUGGCCCCGAGGGUCGUUGAUCGAGGUCAAGCAUUUGGACCAACCUUUGGGGGUGGACAUGACCUAAAGGAGAACUGGAAUAGAACCAAGACCACUCCUAAAACGGGGAACUACACGUACGAUGUCCCGGUCGGAUCCCCUUUUCUUCAACUCAACGGAUGCCCCAUUGUGGAUAUCGAGACAUUUCGCGUGUGCCCCAAGCCGACAAAUACCUCUUCUUCGGCCAAAGGAAACUUGACGCCAUACAAGACACAGUGGCGACGACGACACCUGACGACCACAUACGCAACAGCCUUGGCGGCGGUGUAUUGUCCAGAUAUGGCGAUGGGACUAGAGGUGGACUUUAUGGAGCUAAGCGUGCGCGGGACCAGGAUGACGACUUUGCGUUCCACCCUGAGGGUUUGCCCCGACUCCGCUCUUGCCACUCGAUUCGACGAGGACAAAUGGCCGGCGGCGAAGAAGGAUCUCGACAGCAACGGGCGUCGUGUGAUCGACUGCAAGCCGGCCGUCUUCUCGAAGGUGCUGGAUGUACUGCGCAUGGCGACGCGCGCAUCGUGGGCUGGUAGCGAAAAAAGCCAGCAAGUGAACGAGAAACCUCGCGUCACCAUGAAGGUCGGUGACCGUGUGGCGUUCGAAGAGUUUGUCGGCAUGAAUUUCCCCGGCUGCGAAAGCUGCAUCCUGGACUUCGUUGAUCUCCGUCAUGACGAAGAGGCCGACCCUCGAUCGCGUGGUGCAGACGCGGACGGAUACCGGCGCUACGACUGCCCCAUUGGGAUGAGCUCUGCUGGAGACGAAGAGCGCACUGCUGCGAGCGGAGAACAGAUCCGCCCGCCGGUGCAGGAGGGCAGCGAUGCGGAGCUUGCAAGUUCGCAACUGCAGGUUUCGCGAUUGGCGGCCCUGGUGGAGGAAUCGACAAAGAAGGACGAGCCUGGCAGCAUCGUGGCGGAUGCAGCCAGUAGGGGCAGCUGGGUUGCUGCCCCCGCAGGCCAACAAGAGCCCUUGCAGCCGCACGGCGGAGGCGGGGGAUUUGUCCAGCAGCAAGCGAGAGAUGGUGGGCACGGACCAACAAACGAGAAGGGCAUGAACCUCAAUCACUGGGAUGUGAAGCAGGCGUAUACACACGCCACGCUAGACGAGGUUUUUCUGAGGCUCUCCGCUUGGUGCGGGGACCAAUCGCAUAAGAUCGUUAACGCUGAGCGUGCGAUUUACUGUCUGAAGCAGAGCGGUAGGCGAUGGGGGUCCCACGCUGCUGAUACGCUAGUCGAGAACGGGUUCGAGCAGUGUAAGGCGGACCCGUGGGUUUUCCGCAAGAUGGUAGACGAAGUCGUGGAGUUGCUUGCUUCUCUCCACAAGAAAUUCCCCACCAAAAAUCUUGGAGAGUUCGAAUGGUUUGACGGAUGUGCCAUUGAGAGAGAUGUAGAGGCUGGGACUCUUAGAAUCUCGCAAACCGCGUACAUUGAUAGCAUGGUGAAACGCUUUGAUGUACAAUCGACCUCCCGCAUCCCUGCUUCCCCUGGUGUCGACCUAGGACCGAAGCGAGAUGACGAGAAGAGAGGGGAGUGGCCGGUGAGGGAGGCCAUCGGCAGCAUGAUGUGGGUGUCGACGUUCUCGCGUCCAGACGUUUCGUUCGCCGUGCGUGCGAUCCUCGGCUACUUGAAGGAGACGAAGGACCUCGGAUCGAGCAAGACACAGAGCAUCGUGGCUUUGUCUUCGACGGAAGUCGAAUACAUAGCUGCCGGGGAGGGCGUCAAGGAGGUGUUGUUUGUGGGUGCUGUGCUUUCGUCUGUUGCCCCAGAGACCAGUGGUAGCAGCAUCCAGGUCCUUGAGGACAACCAGGGGGCCAUGGCGUUGGUGCAGAACCCCCUCAGCUCAGGCCGCACGAAACACAUCGACGUGAGAUUUCAUUUCAUCCGCGGAUUGUUUAAGUCGGGGGAUAUAUCGGUCAUGUUUGUUCCGACAACGGAGCAACACGCGGACUUCCUAACCAAGGCCCUUAGCAGGGCUAGUCUGCAGUACCACCGACGCAAGUUGAUGAAUUUGCCGGAGUAUCUGUAA